AUGGCACGGGCUAGGGAAGAAGCAGGGGACAGCCAGCUGGUGUCUGGUAGGGAGCCAUCCUCACGUAUCAUCAGAGUGUUUGUCAAGACCCCACAGGACUGCCAGGAAUUUUUGCUGGCAGAAAAUAGCAACGUCCACCGCUUUAAGAAGCAAAUUUCCAAAUUCCUUCACUGUGACUCUGACCGAUUGGUGCUCAUCUUCUCUGGGAAGAUUCUCCGGGAUCAAGACAUACUGAGCCAGCGUGGCAUCCUUGAUGACUCGACAGUCCACGUGGUAGUGAGGACUCGUCUGAAAGGGUCAGUGUGUACGGGAACUCUGGCGGGCCCCACAGGCCACUUUACCCACCGUUCGGAACCGUCUGCCUCUGAUAGUUCUGGGGUCCUAGCCAGGCUAAGCCGGCUGGCCCGAACCUCACCUGACCUAGCUGAUUUCUUCAGUCAGCUUGUCCAGCUGCUGACCAUGGCACCAGAGUCGGUGGAGCAAUUCUUGGAAGAACCUCUGAUUCAAGGACUGACAAAUGAGAAACAAGCCAAUAGCCUGCAAGUUCCUGAAUCCUCAAAGACGGUACAGAAACGCGAUCCAGCGCUCAAGUUUCCGGAAACCUUCCCGAAGCCUGCUCGCCAACAGGAAGUCCUGCAGGAACACAAGCAGAGGCUGGAGGCUCCAAAAGCAGUGCCAGGAGGUGACAAUGCUAUGCGUCCUGGCUGCUCUGAGAUCCAGCAGAUUAUGCUUUCCACUUUGGCCUUAUUGGUGGCCUCUAAGGGCUCAGAGCUGUGCAGAGGAGAAGCCGCCAGCACUCAGAGCAGUUCUGACCCCACCGCCACCAUCCCAGCCAUCUCCACUCCGGCCAGGCCUUUGGCACAAGAGGUCAGUACAGGAGGAGUUACUCAGGUCAAGGGCAUCGUCUCAAGUCAGGUCAGUUCAGGGUGCCGACCUGGUACAUUAGAUUUACAGCUAUCCUCAGAUCUCCCUUUCCAAGAGAGCCAGCAGCCAGUGGAGAAGGCCCCUCUAACCAAUCAGUCGAGACUCUCAACCUCUGUUUUGUGUCGAGCCUUGAACGUCCUGCAGCAGAAUCCAGCACUGCUACACCAGCUGGCAACUGGCAGCCCUCUACUACAUCAUAUGCCACUUCUCCCCAUUCUUACCAACCCGCGAGCGCUGCAGGCAUUGCUACAGAUAGAACAAGGCCUGCAGAUACUGUCAAGGGAGGUGCCUGAGCUGGGACCGUUCUUACGGGACUCAACUAAACCACGUGGGGUUAGAGGAGCCCCUGAAACUAGGGGUAGAAGACAAGCCCAUAGAGAAGAUACCACACAACCCUCCUUGGCCUUUCUUCAGCUCUUCCAUUCCUUGGCCAACGCCUGUUCGCAGCCUAACCACACUGUGCUGUCCUCGGCCCUCCUCACUGAAGGUCGCUACCAGCAAGAACUGGAGCAGCUGAAGGCUUUGGGUUUCGCUAACCGGGAUGCAAACCUGCAGGCCCUUAUCGCCACAGGUGGAGAUAUCCACGCCGCCAUUGAGAGCCUUCUUGGGGCUCCGCAGGCCUAG